AUGUGGUCGGUGGUAUCGGGCAGCUCGACGCUGGCGCCCAUCUUGUCGUGGGCCAUCCUCCCCACGCUCCUGACGCGCCUCGUGCUUGGGGUGCUGUACAACUCGUCGAUCCUCUCGCGCCCCACGAACCCGCGCUCGGCCUUUUUCCACACCCAGACUGUCCAGGCGGCCGUCAUCGUCUCGUACGGCCUCUACUCGUUCUCGCACGCCAUCCUUGCCGCGCCGCGCAAUUACUACGGCAUCCUCGGCCUGCCCCUCGACGUCGACCCAGAGGGCGAGGCCGUCAAGCGCGCAUUUCGCGCCCUCGCGCGCAGGUUCCACCCGGACAAGGUCGGGCCGCAGGGAGAAGCGUACUUUAUCCUCCUCCGUAAAGCCCACGAUGCGCUCCAGGACGCGGGCAAGCGAUUCGCCUACGAUCGCUUUGGUCCGGAGGUGACCGAGUGGCGCGACUGCAUCACCCUGCGCGAGUACAUGGUGCGCGGACUGCAGCGCUGCGUCGGCUUCUACAUCGUCAACCCGGUCGUCUAUACCGUCGUGACCUAUCUCGGCGGGCACAACACCGUGCCUCACUUUUGGCGCCUCUCUGCGCUCCUGGCGCUCCUCACCGUCGAGCUGCGGCUCCUCCUCUCGCCCACGAUGCCGGAGGUGGUGCGCGUCCUCCUCCCCAAUUGGACGCAGCACGACCUCAUCCACCUCCUCCACGAGCUCUUCACCGUCCUCCUCCUCGCAACGCAGCACCUGGCGCCCGUCAUCUCGGCCCUGGCCACGGGCCCGCAGCCCGCGCGGCCGGCCGACGAGGUGAGGGCGCUCGAGCAGAUGGCGUCGCAGAUCGACCAGCUCGCCCAACGCUCGGCGUUCGAGAGCGCGCGCGGCGUCGCCGUAGAGUUACGGCCUCUCCGCCCUACACCAGCCGCAACGACAACGACGAUCCAACAAGCCGCCGCAUCCGCAUCCGCGUCUGCUGCCGCUGCUGGGGCCAAGAAGUCGAGUCAACCGGCAGUGGACACGCCCAAGACGAAGCGCGAGCCCACGACGGCGGAACUCGAGUGGUCGCGCCAGUUUGCGCGCAGCCUGGCACGUACCCGCCUCUCGCACGUCGUCGCCGUCGCCGAAGUCGAAAAGGACCUGCGCGAACAGCAGCAGCAGCAGCAGCAGCAGCAGUCGAAGCCUCCUCCGUCGUCCUCUUCACCUCCGUCGUCGUCGUCGUCGUCGCAGCAGCAGCCUUUGCCGCCGUAUUCGAAGGUGGAAGGCGGAACCGUGGUGGAUGGCGACAAGAGUGCAUCACACUCUCCAGCAGCGGCAUGA